AUAUUUUGGUACAUUUCUGAGGGCAUUUUUUAUCGAUAAGUCUGCGGUCACACUGCCCAAGACGGACGUCGUGCGUUGAAAAAUCAAAAAUCAUCAAAAUCAAGCUUGAAAUAUGCGUCUGUCGUCGAUUUUGAACGGAGCCCACUUCGGCAAUCUUGCCAAGGUGCACGGCAUUGUCACCUACAAGCUGUCGCCCUUCGAGCAGCGCGCCUUUGCCGGUGCCAUCAGCAAUGGAUUGCCCAACAUGGUCCGUCGUUUCCGCUCCAAUGUCUUUAUUGUGGCUCCACCUUUCCUCAUUGGAUACCUGAUCUACGAUCUGACCGAGCGUAAGCACACCGCUCUGCUGCGCAAGAACCCCGCUGACUAUGAGAACGACCAAUAAGCAGGGAUUUUAUUGUUCGUCUCCACACAUUAGCAAAUAGUUAUGUUAAACUAAUUAAUAAAACUAAACCCACAGUUCAAGAGA